AUGUAAAAAUUUAGUGAUAAUAUUAUUAUAAUAAUUAAAAACAUUAGUGAUAAAGUCGAAGUUUUCGUAAUUUGGUGAUUAAAACAGAAGCAUGGUAAUGGUUGAAUAAGUACAAUUUACACUUUAAAAUUAAAAUAACGAAGAGACGUUUUUCUUUGUGAAAAAUAAAUUUAAAAAAAAAAAGAAAAAAGAAAAAAAGAAAAGGGAAGUAGGAAAGAAAGGGAGCGUAAAAAGAAGCAGAAAUUUCAGUACGAACAGACGUUGCACAAUCCCACAUCCGUGCCCUUUGGCUCUCUCGUUGUUCCGUCGUGAGCGUCGGCCGAUCCUAUCUGAACGCUGCCGGAUUUUUCGACGCCGUUCGAAUCUCUCUCUUUCUCUCUUCUUCACCUCCUUGACUGCUUAUUGUUGAAUCUGAAAUACUUGCUGUUUAUCCCCCAUGCAGUACUUCACCUUGCGUUUUGCGUUGCUUGAAUCAGUGGUGUGAAUUUGCAAUACUGUUCUUUUUUGAGGUAUAUGAGUGACCAUGGGGUCAGCUUGUUGUGUAGCUGCAAGGGAAAGGACCCUUCCAAAGAGAACUGGAGUUGAGACUUUGCAUAGAAAUGCAACAUGUUCACCAUCAUGGAGCUUCCGAUGGGAUAGUCAAAGGUGCGUAGCUGAUGAAAUUGAAGAGCCUUCUUAUCAGGUGUCGAAUAGAGCUAGCAGAAAUGUUAGCAUGGAGAGAAAAGGGACAUUAGGUUCUGGUAGGCGUAAUAUUUCUGAUCAAAGAAAUGCACUUGAGAUUGAGAACUAUGAAAUACCCACUUGUCAAAAAUUCCCUAUCCGUGAAGAUAUGGGUAGGAAUAUGAUGACCCCCUCUUCAGACAUAUCUAGGGCAAGCAAUUAUUCCAUUGAGGUGAAGAAUUUGGCAGAAUCACCGGAUAUUGUGGAUUCAUCUGCACCAAAGCUUUCAUUUUGUACACCUUCAUCACUCUCACCACCAAAUACAAAAACUUUGUUUGGCCAUAUUCCUUCCAACUCAACCCCAUCUAGAUGGGCUCGCCAUUCACCUGGGCAUCGGCUACUGAGGCAGGUCUCUGAUAGUCGAAUUCUGGGACCGAAAUCACCAAAUAAUUAUUCAAUGUCUGAAGGAAGGUCAUCUUUUGUGCUCUCCACAUGUAGCCAUGACUUGACAGCUGGAUCUCAUGGUGGCUCUUCUGAUGGCUGGUCUAUGCGCACUUUUUCAGAGCUUGUGGCCUCUUCUCAAAGAGAAAGGUGGUCUUUUGAUAGUGAACACUUUGGUUCUGGUGAUGGCAAGAUAAGUGGAUGUAGCAGCAGGUUCUCGUAUUCUCCAUCCAUAGGUAUGCGAACUUGUGGGGCUUGCUCAAAGCUUUUGGCUGAGAGAUCUUCGUGUAGCUGCAAUGAAAUUUCAGUGGUAGCUGUACUUGUAUGUGGACAUGUUUAUCAUACUGAAUGCUUGGAAACUAUGACGCCAGAGGCUGACAGAUAUGACCCAGCCUGCCCAAUAUGUAUGGGUGGAGAAAAGCAGGUCUCAAAGAUAUCCAGAAAAGCUUUGAAAGUUGAACUGGAGUUGAUGGCUAAACAUCUUAAGUUAUUCAAGAAUAGAGUUAAAGAUAGUUUUGCGGAAGGUGAUUGUAAUGAUUUUAACCAUCAACAAAAUGCCAAGCGAGAAGGAAAAGCUCCAAAGUUAGAACCCAGUUCAAGCCGGAGAAGCUCCUUGGCAAAGCCUUUCUUGAAGCGCCACUUCUCAGUUGGGUCUAAGUGGGGCAGAUCAGUAUCAGAAAAUGAUUCUGCCAGAAAGAAAGGGUUUUGGGCAAGACAUAGGAAAGAUUGAGUUCCCUCCUCUACUGCCCUGAGGUGAGAGGCUUGUCCGUUCCACCAGAAAAGCUUAUCACUGUAGCAUAUAUUGUCCUUCUUUCCCUUAAUCCAAGGGUUGUGGACCAUUCUCCUCAAGUCAGGCUUCCAAGUCUCAACACUCAAAUGCAAUCAAAUCUCAGCUUCUUGAGUUAGAGAUUCGCCACCCUGUUUUUAAGGUAAUACUAUCAACAAGAUAGCCAUAGAAAAUUUCCUACACUGAUGACUGACCCAUCUUAUAACUUGUGCUCCUUUGGUGUUUUCCGUUAUUUUGGUUGCCGAUAAGCUAGUGGUAGGUAGGGCAUGAGUCUUGAGGGCUACCAACUUUGAAUUAGAGCAGAGUAGAAAUUGCGUAGUUUGGGAAUUUCGAAGUCCAAGGUAAUGAAGUUAUUUUCUUUAUUUCUGGACAAAUUAUCAAGUGAAUUUUCUGUUUUAUUAGGAUUCAUUGAAAGAUGCAACUGAAUGUUAUAUAUAAUAUCUUCUGGAUGACUGAUCUGAAAGGGAACCUACAGUUUCAGCCAUUGACCGAAGCACUUAAUUGAUUGGGAAAAUGACUAGCAAGUAUUCUACUGUCCUUUGCAGCUCAAUUCUAUUGAUAAUAUAUUAAUGAACAUGCUAAGGUAUUGCAAAUUUUCUUUGAACUUGAAGAUUCUCUUCUUUGUUUUUACUACGGUCUACCUUCCAGUUUUAUAACAAUUGAAUCAUAAAAACUAUCUUUGUCCAUUAAAAAAACUAUUACAGAAGUUAUUUAUGAUAAUAAUUAUAAAAUAAAUCAAUUAUAUAAUUUGUUUAACUUUUAUCUAAUUUUAUUUUAAAAUUAAGAAAUUGAACCUUAUCGACAAGGUUGCUUGAAUGGGGACUGAUGGGACCGAGAAUUGGUUGGGGCAGCGAACAGAUUUAUUCGAAGAUUGGUAAAAAUUGAUUGAAUUGGGUGGUUAAAUCAGGGUUUUAAAUUUUUUUAAUAUUUUUUAUAAAUUUUCUAAUGAUUUAUUAAUCGAACUGGAUGGAUUGGUGGAUAAAUGGUUUGACCAGUUCAAAUUGGUGGAUAAAUGGUUUGACCAGUUCAAUUAUAAAAACCUUACUUAUUAAAUAAAUAUGAGUAAAAAAAUGCAAAAGAGUAGGAUCUAUCAAAAUAAUUCUUGCCUUAAAUUAUGCUUAAACGAAAGGACCUGAUUUGAAAAGGAUAAUCAAAACUUAAAAUAGUCCAAAUUUGAAAACGAUUUUAAAAAAAUUUCAAAUUAAGAGGAUCAAAAUUGAACUAAUCUGCACAUUGAAGACUAUUAACCGACCUCUAAUCUGCAAAGCUAUACUAUAUACAGUAUAAUAUUUGUUUAUCAAAAUAAGGUUACGUUACAAAUUAGAUCGAGGUAGCUACGAGAGACUUACAUGCUACCUAGUUUACGACUACGAAAUGAAAGAAAUUAAACAGAGAAGUAAUGAUGAACUAAAUGUGCAAAUUGAGUUUAACUAUACCGAUGAUCGUUGAUUGAAUUGAAUCUCGAGUUAAUUAGCAUUAUUACCAUUACAACACCGAAAAAAUUGUAAAUUUUAAAGAUUAAAAAGAAUUAUAUAUAAAAAGUUGUAUUUGAUUUUGAAAAAGAAAAUAUAUGAAAAUUUCACUGGAUAAAAUAAAUAGAAUUCAUGUACUUUCCAACAAAUUAGACUCGAUUUUAACUAGAUAAACAAAUCUUAUAAAACAUUAAUCAAGCUAGGCUGAAAUAAAGCCAAGAGUCGCUCCAUAAUUCAAUUUUCUAGAACAUGCAAGGCUCCAUAGAUACAAG